AUGGGCCGUGUUCGAACAAAAACUGUCAAGAAGGCAUCGCGGGUUCUCAUUGAGAAGUACUAUCCCCGUCUCACCCUCGACUUCCAGACCAACAAGAAGAUCUGCAGCGAGGUUGCCAUUAUUGCUUCCAAGCGUCUUCGCAACAAGAUUGCUGGCUUCACUACUCAUUUGAUGAAGCGUAUUCAGCGUGGUCCUGUUCGUGGUAUAUCGUUCAAACUCCAGGAAGAGGAGCGUGAGCGCAAGGACAACUACGUUCCUGAAGUCUCUGCACUUGUUGUUGACACUAUUGAGAUUGAUGCCGACACCUCGGCUCUUCUCAAGGCACUUGGCUUUGAAUCCCUUCCAGGAGUUGUUUUGCCCGAUCCAUCUACAGCAGUUCUUGGCGAUCGUGUUGUUGGAGGAGGUGCUCGUCACACUCGUACUCACCGCGAGUAGAUUUGGGUUCAAACCCUUUUUUAUCCCAUUCAAUAACAAAGUGAUACUUUCGUAU